AUGCUUCUGAAAUAUCAAUGUAUUCUUCUCUUUUUGUUUAUAUUCAUCAACAGUAUAUUUGUGAGCUCAAUAAAAAUGAAGAAAAUGCAUAUACCAUGGAAUCAUAAAAUAAUUAAUAGUUAUAAUAAAACAUUAUUAUUGAAUUCCUUAAGGCAAUCAAAAAAUAAUAUGUUUUAUGCUACUUAUAUUAAAACAACACCUUUUUUACAUAUUAAUCAAAGAAAAAUAAAUUAUUUAAAAAAAGAUAAUCAUAGUAUAUAUUCAAAAUAUUAUAAUAAUGAACCAGUAUAUAAUACCUACAACCCUAUAUUAAAUUAUGAUAUUUUAGAUAUAAUUAAAGUGUAUGGAAGAUUAGCUGAGCAUUCCAAAUAUGAAUCUCUGAAUAUCAAUAUAAAUAUAAAUGAACAAGAUGAAAAAGUUAAAGAAAACAAUAACUUAUUUAAAAAAAUUUUUUUCUUUUUAAAAAGUAAAAGUACAAAUGAUUACAAUAAAAUUUAUUGGUUUCAUCAUUUUUUAAAAUGUGGAAAAAUGAACUUUAAUGAUUUUAAAAACUCAUUAUUUAAAUUAAAAUUCAAAUGGCCAAAGGAUUCAAUCUUUCCAACUUAUAAUAUCUUUUUAUUUGAAAAAGGCUUGAAUAAAAAUAUGGACUCACCAACAAUAAGAAAAAAAGUGGAAAAUUAUAUGCAGUAUCAAGAAAUAAAUGACAAUCUUUUGAAAAGUUGUUUUUACUGUUUCUCGGAUGGUAAAGAAUAUAUAACAGUAUAUGAUAUUUUAAGAACAUUUAAUAAUUGGAUGAAAAAUAAUAAACAUAAAAAUAAUGAAAAACCGAAAGGACUGUUCUCAUUCUUUAAAAAGGAACAAAAAGAACAAGAAGAAUCAGUUGAUUGGUUUACAUUCAAAAAGAAAAUUGAUCUCAGUACAAUUCAUAUGUACGAAUCAAAAAAAUGA